AUGGUCAAGCCACUAUCGUUCAAGGGCGACAAGAAGCCCAAGAAGAGAAAGAGGACCGAAGGCGAAUCGUCGGCCACAGUGGAAGCCGGAUCCAGCGAGGUUGUCAAAGCUCCAGCAGACGAUGCAGCCGAUGACGACAGUUGGGUGUCUGCCGAGGCAGUAGGCGACGUAGUCGGCCCCGUCAUGUUCGUUCUGCCGUCAGAACCGCCUACUUGCCUUGCCUGCGACGCCAAUGGCAGCGUCUUCGCCGAUCCGGUGGUGAACAUCGUCGACGCGAAUCCAUCGACGUCAGAGCCGCAUGAUGUCCGGCAGGUGUGGGUUGCGAACAAGAUUGCGGGGACGGAGAACUUCCGCUUCAAGGGGCGUUACGGGAAGUAUCUAAGCUGCGACAAGUACGGCAUCCUCGGCGCCACAUCCGAAGCCGUCUCGCCUCUAGAGACCUGGACUGUGAUCCCUACGUCCGACACACCGGGAACGUUCCAACUACAAACGCUGCGCGAGACAUUCCUCACCGUCAAGGAGUCCUCCAAAGUUAACGCAGGCCCGGAAGCACGAGGCGACGCGACCGAGAUCAGCUUCGAUACCACAUGCCGCAUCCGCAUGCAAGCCCGUUUCAAGCCGAAGCUUAAGGCCUCCAAAGAGGAGAAGGCCAAGGAGAAGAUCAGCAGGAAAGAGUUGGAAGAAGCAGUGGGCCGCCGUCUUGAGGAGGAAGAAGUCAGAACGUUGAAGAGGGCUAGGCGCGAGGGUGAUUAUCACGAACAGCUCCUAGUGCUCAAGGUCAAGGGGAAGCAUGAUAAGUACGGCUGA